AUGGCUCUCCAAAUGAGAAGGAGUGAGGAAACUGAGAGUGAAGAGGAAGGAGAAGAGGUGAACCAAUUGGUUGAUGAAGAUGACAAGAGGGGAACCAAGAUGAGCCAAUGGAAGAGGCUGAGGCAGAGCAAGAGGAGGAUGAGCUCCCCAUGUACCAAGAGCACUACAAUGCUCUCUUCUCCAUGGACUUUGUGGAGACCAAGUACCCACAUGAUGACACAUGAGAGGCCUUGGAUCUUUGAGGAUGUGGAGUUGUUUGAUGAGCUCGAUCGAGCUGAGUUGGACCAAGGCUGGGGGUACACGUUCUUGGCAAAGGGAGAGAAGAAGAUGGUGACCUUUAGGCAGCUUGAGAUACUGUUUGGGUUCACUAUGGAGAAGGAACCUAUGGAACAUCAAGGAAAAGAACUCCAAAGAGUAUGGGCUACAAUCGCUGAAGAGGGGUACUCUUCCUCAAGGUCCAAGGCUGCCCAGAUCAGAGUCCUGUGCUUAGAUAUGUCACAAGGCUCUUGCAACACCUUCUUUGCAAGGAAAGCCACUGGACAAUCAAUGAGGGAGAACUCCACCUACAAGAUCACAGCUUACAACACUAGGCACCAAAGAGGAAGAAAGCUUAGUGUUGGAGGGGUCAUCACACCAAUCUUUGUGCAGCAGGAGUCAAGUGGACAAGAGAAGGUCUACUCCACCAGGUUGGAUGGACAUCAAGUUUUGCAAGACCAACCUCUCAUUGAGCACAAGGAGUUGGAUGGGAGAUUCCAAUUCAAGUUCACCCAUCCAUUGGCUGGACCUCCAAGCUUCUUCUGCCCAACCCUGAGCUCACCACAGUCUAGGAGGUGA